AUGGCUGGAACCCUUCGUUUAGUACCAUUCAAGGGAGAAUGUGGUAAAGAUACAGAUUUUCUUAGACGUUUCGACCAAUAUGAAUUCGUUUAUCGCAAAGGGGAGAACUAUAAUGCAGAUGCAUUAUCUCGUUACACCCAUGAAACCGAAACCUCUAAAAGAUCAGGAGAGACAGACACUGGCUAUGAAGGACUGUAUAUUGGACACCGAGCAUUUAUGAAGCUGCAAGGACGUGAAGACGAAUCAGAAAAACUUAACAGGGAUGCACUUACUAUUGCACGGCGAGUUGCUGACAAGUACGGUAAACUGAUUGCAGGAGGUCUGUCUGACACACCUUUGUAUUCUAAGGACGACAAGGAAAGUCAUCAAACGAUAUAUGAAAUAUUCAAGGUGACGUCAUUUUCAUCACGUGAUAUAAAUAUAUUGACCUUGAAGAUUGUACCAAUCUCGCGAGCAAGUGAAGGAGGGGUAGAUUAUAUAAUUGGAGAGUCAUUUGAUUCCUACGGUGAGGCACAGCUCGCCUUGAGGGCUAUAAAGGAAUACGGGAAAGGUUGUCUGGCGGUGAUCACAAUGGCGGCACAUAUUCCGGACUAUACAACGGAUGGUCUUGUUCGUUUCUUUAAAAAAAAAUGCCAUCAAUAUAUUGGUCUAUGCUGUGGAAAUUAUCCUAGUUUGAUACGUGAGGUGGCCGAGGUCUAUGGAAAGAAACCACCAGCUUCAAAAUACGCAUGGAUAUCUGGGGAAGUCCCUAAAACUGAAAGAGGGAAGAAAAUUAGACGGUUUAUGGUUGGAGAAUAG